AUGACCCAAGUGAACGAGACAAUAUGUACUUGGCAAGGAGUUCGGGGUAGGUUCGCAGUGUCUCCGAUAUUAUUUGCACCGCUGACUGGGAUAGCAACAAUCAUUCGCGAUACGAUCUUCAUGGAUGGCGGGCAGAUAUGGCUUCAACAAGCGUUUGAUGGCGGCUGCGUGAACUAUACCGACGCUACGGCGGAGGGGCGCUUCUAUACCCUGAACCUGUCGACCUCGUUCACCACGCGCUCGGAUUUUAUGACGAUCCUCCAAAAUACGUCCGUGGUGGGAGGAAGCUCCAGUAACUUCGCUCCGAAUUACUUGGACGGCGCCAUACUUGCUAAUGACGAUGAAUUUUUUCUCUACGGGGGUUCUAGCAGGAAUAUAGAUGACUCCGAGAGCUCAAGCACUCCGGCUGACAAUACCGUCCUCAAGUACGAAGCCUCUCAGUAUGGGGCCUACCGAUCAAACUGGUCACCGAACUGGCGAUACGAGGACCUCUCGGAUAAUGUUACAUCAUAUAUCACGAAUGGUGCGGGCGCAUCGGCACCUAGUGAGGAAUUGGCGUUUUAUUUCAGCGGAAUGCAUGCACCAGGUUGGGGCUCCUUUACAUGGAACGAGAUGCAAGCCAGAGAGACUGCAGAUACGCUUAUCACGGUGGAUAUGUCCUCGAUGCGUGAUGAAACCUGGUCUAACGUUACACUCCCGGAUUAUAUCCCCGGUCGCGCGAAUGCCGAAUUGAUCUGGGUACCAGUGUCUAAGUCCGGUAUCUUAGUGGCGGUUGGGGGAGUGAUUAAUCCAGUGGAGCUAUGGCGAAAUUCAAAGCUAAACGAGUCUCAGAUAGCGGAGAGCAAGAGAAUUAGUCCAACUUUAAUGGAGACUGUCUCACUCUACGACGUGGAUAGCAAGGAAUGGUACCUUCAGAAAACAACGGGUGAUAUACCAGGACAAUUGACCCAAUUUUGCUCUGUGGUCGCGAGUGCGCCGGACAAUUCGUCCUAUAAUAUCUAUAUCUAUGGUGGCUAUGAUGGUCUUGACUAUUCACAAACCCCAUCAGACGACGUUUACAUCCUUUCCCUACCUUCCUUCAAAUGGAUCAAGGCCUAUAAAGGCACCGGCAGUCAUGGUCGCAGCUCGCAUAAAUGCUUCAAACCAUAUCCAAAUCAGAUGUUUGCCGUUGGAGGAAUACACGGCUCCUCAACUGAAUGUGUGGAUGGAGGCAUUGUUGUCAAUUUCGACCUGAAUGGUCUUACAUUCCGAAGCGAUUACGAUCCUAACCAGUGGAGUGAAUAUAAGGUUCCGGAUCUAGUAACAGCAGAAAUUGGUGGCACAUCAUCUGGCGGUGCAACCAAAACCGCUCCAACAUCAUGGACCAAUGACUCUUUGUCUAGUCUCUUCGAACAAAAAUACACCAAGUCGAUGACGACCUUCUAUCCUUAUGCCUCAAGCAGCGCUGAAGGGGGAGAUGCUACCUCCGGUGGCGGAUUGCCUCAUUGGGCUUCAGCAGUUAUAGGUGUACUGGUCGGACUGUUCGGCGUGGCGCUCAUUCUUGCUGGGAUCUGGUUCUAUCUCCGACGUCGGCGCCGAGCUCAAGCAAGAGAGGCUGAGGCUUCAUCGGCAGCUAAGGCUGAGAGGGACGCAGAUACCUCCCAGUCUGCUCAAUUCAUGUAUGGGAGCGGACCGACUGCCCCGGUUCCGGGGCCAAUGUCCAAAUCCACGGCGGAGGCGACCACAGAGACCAAUACGUCCACAGUUCCAGAUUCACUCAGCACAUCUCUAUCCCCUCGCACGGUAGAGUCCGGGGAGACGAGCUGUAUGAGAUGCAUGCUGCUGAUACUUAUUGUUCAUCUAGAUUCAUCACCCGCUGAACUACCUACUUCGUACAAUUGGACCAAUACGCCCGACACAUCUCCAGAGCUGAGUGCAAGUCGUUUUCCUUUGCCGGUUCCACCGGAGUCGGGCUCUAGCUCCACUGCAGGACAUCAUCGAAGCCCGUCCACUGUUUCAACAGUACCGUCCAUAUCCAUUGACAAUGUAGUCAGCGGUCGACAAUCUCAUUUCAGAGAAUCCUUUUCUUCUGAAGGCGGGGAGAAAAAGCGAGCUCGCCAUGGAUCUGGAUUUUCCGAUGUAAGUGCGAUUUCGGAUGAACGGGACAAGUUUACAGGCAGUGAGAAGAUUCACGAGGAGGAAUAA